UCACUUUCUCUUGCUCUUAGAACAGAUCACUUCAAACCACAACUGCAAUACAGUCAACAGAAAAUAAUCCCAUAGCUGCAGGAUCCAUGUUGGAACGGAGAGCACACGAGAUGAAAUACUACACAGUUGAGACUGGCAAUACUUUGGAUUCUCAUAUUCAGUUUAUGAGACGACUCAACAACACCACAAGAUGUUUUACGGAAGUGAAGUCGCCAGUGGAGAGUGAUGUCAUCAUGGCUUUCUGUCCCAUCGUCUCCCGCGCCGGGACUGAUAUUGAAGCAGCACUGCAACAGAUUCAAACUGGUAAAGAUGUCCUUCUGGUAGUGCUGCAUCACACCUUCAACCCAGACUCCACUGUACCUGACAGCAGCAGACUAGUGACCAGAAGUGAUGUAAUACUCACAGUGGACUGUCUGUUCCAUGAGAGCCAGGGAGGACUCCUGAACUGUCCUCGCAAUGAUGCAGCAGUCAGCAGGGUUCUGAAGAGACUGAACAUACAGUCAAAGAUUGGAGCUGAAGAACAGAUCAGAAUCCCUGAGCAGGGUAACAGUCUGACCAGACAUCUUGCCAUUCUAGUUGUGAUUCAGAGCUGUGUAACGGUGUUGUGGCAGAAUUUGAGAUCCACGUUGGAACGGAGAGUGACACACAAGAUGAAGUACUACACAGUUGAGACUGGCAAUACUUUGGAUUCUCAUAUUCAGUUUAUGAGACGACUCAACAACACCACAAGAUGUUUUACGGAAGUGAAGUCGCCAGUGGAGAGUGAUGUCAUCAUGGCUUUCUGUCCCAUCGUCUCCCGCGCCGGGACUGAUAUUGAAGCAGCACUGCAACAGAUUCCAACUGGUAAAGAUGUAAUUCUGGUAGUGCUGCAUCACACCUUCAACCCAGACUACACUGUACCUGACAGCAGCAGACUAGUGACCAGAAGUCAUGUAAUACUCACAGUAGACUGUCUGUUCCAUGAGAGCCAGAGAGGACUAUUGAAGUGUCCUCACAAUGAUGCAGCAGUCAAACAGAUUAGGCAGAAGUUUGACAUGACCAGAAGUCGUGGCUUUCUAGCUAGGAUUCUAAACAUUGUCAUGACCAGAAGUCGUGGCUUUCUAGCUUGGAUUCGAAACAUUGUCAUGACCAGAAGUCGUGGCUUUCUAGCUUGGAUUCGAAACAUUGUCAUGCUCAGUCUUACCCGUGGUAGAGUUGGUUUUCUGGGCGACGGUCAGGAGCUCGUACCCGGGACGAGAUACGCAGCCAUGGUGUCCUCGAGCCUGGGGAUCCCCUGGGGUUGUCUGCCGUCCACUCUGGUGAAUGGGAUGUAA